GUCUUAGCUCAGACACACACCCUCUCUUCUCUUCUCUCUAGUUUCUCUCUCCACAUUUCUGUCAAUCUUUCUCUACGCGAUCUCAACACGAACUCUCAAUUCAAAAAGAAAGAAAGAAUAAUCCUUCAAUAAUUUCUAUCUGUUCCAAGUUUUCUUACUUCCUAGAUUUCUAGGGUUUUGGUUUUGCUCUUGCAAUGACCAGAGCUGAAGGAUUCAAGCGAUUAUCUAAUCUUUCUGUCGAUUUGUGCUGUUGAAUCACUGCUUUACUCAAGCUUCAGAGCUUCAACUGUGUAAAUAAUCUGAAGUCUGAGAUUGAGAUUUGGAGUUAUGUUAGAUACAUUAAAGAAGGGAACCUCAGAUAUGCUAGCCGCAAUAAUUUACUGAUUUUUGCAGUUCCAUCUACCGUUUGUCACUCAAAUCCUCCCUUGAUUCUUGAAGAAUUGUUAAUUUCCUGCAACUAUUUAUUUAUUUUUUGGUGGACUGCAUUAUUGGUCUAAUAACAUGGAACCUUCCUUUCCCCUCAACCUGUAGAAGUUGUGUGUGGGUUAUAACUCCAUAUAGUGAUAUUAUGAGAUAGUUUUUGAUGAUGGAAAUGGGAUCACUUUAGUAGAGAUUACCUUACAAUUUCCGUAAGUACUGAAAAGCAGAAAACAUGCCGUCAUGGUGGGGCAAGUCAUCAUCCAAAGAAGUGAAGAAGAAAGCAAGCAAGGAAAGUUUCAUUGACACGUUGCACAGAAGAUUUAAGAGUCCAACUGAGAGUAAACUAAAUGGAAGAUCAGGAGGUUCACGAAGACGUUGCAGUGACACAAUUUCGGAGAAAGGCUCUCAAUCUCGAGCAGAAUCGAGAUCUCCAUCACCUUCCAAACAUGUUUCAAGAUGCCAAAGUUUUGCUGAGAGACCUCACGCCCAACCCCUUCCCCUUCCUGAAGUGCACCCUGCAACUGUAGGGCGUACAGACUCUGGAAUUGGUAUAUCAACAAAGUCAAAAUUUGAAAAAGGCUCAAAGUCAUCAUUGUUUUUGCCUCUUCCUAAACCAGGAUGUAUACGUGGUAGGGCAAAUCCAACGGAUUUAGAUGGAGAUUUGGCUACUGCUUCAGUUUCUAGUGAGAGUUCCAUUGAUAGUGAUGAUCCUGCUGACUCAAGCCAACGCAGUCCACAAGCAACUGACUAUGAUCAUGGGAAUAGAACUACAGCAAGCACCACAUCCAGUGCUCUGGUCAAGGAUCACCCUUCUACAGUCACCCAAAUACACUUAAGAGAAGCGAAAAAACCAGCUGAUAUUUCUUUUGGCAAUCAUACACCCCCUACAUCACCCAAACGGAGACCUCUAAGUGGCCAUGUGCCAAAUCUACAGGUCCCACAUCACGGUGCUUUCUUCAGUGCCCCAGACAGCUCUAUGUCGAGUCCUUCUAGAAGUCCUAUGAGAGCAUUUGGAACUGAACAAGUCAUAAAUUCUGCUUUUUGGGCAGGGAAACCUUAUACAGAUGUCACUUUGCUAGGAUCAGGCCACUGCUCUAGUCCUGGGUCUGGUUAUAAUUCUGGACAUAAUUCAAUGGGUGGAGAUAUGUCAGGGCAAUUAUUGUGGCAGCAAAGUAGGGGUAGCCCUGAAUGUUCUCCAAUUCCUAGUCCUAGGAUGACUAGCCCUGGCCCCAGCUCAAGGGUACAAAGUGGUGCGGUUACACCAAUUCAUCCUCGAGCAGGAGGGACAACCAUCGAGUCACAGACAAGCUGGCCCGAUGAUGGAAAACAGCAAAGCCACCGGUUGCCACUUCCUCCUAUAUCAGUUUCCAAUUCCUCUCCCUUUUCUCAUUCAAAUUCAGCAGCAGCAUCUCCCUCUGUGCCACGAAGUCCUGGAAGGGCAGAAAAUCCAAUAAGCCCUGGAUCACGAUGGAAAAAGGGAAAGUUGCUGGGUAGAGGCACGUUUGGACACGUUUAUGUUGGUUUUAACAGUGAAAGCGGUGAAAUGUGUGCAAUGAAGGAAGUGACAUUAUUUUCAGAUGAUGCCAAAUCAAAGGAAAGUGCAAAGCAGUUGAUGCAGGAAAUUGCUCUACUUAGUCGCCUACGACAUCCGAACAUUGUGCAAUACUAUGGGUCUGAAACGGUUGGUGAUAGGCUCUAUAUAUACCUGGAAUAUGUAUCUGGUGGGUCCAUAUACAAAAUUCUCCAAGAGUAUGGGCAAUUGGGUGAGCCAGUAAUUCGAAGUUAUACUCAGCAAAUUUUGUCAGGACUCGCAUUUUUACAUUCUAAGAGCACCGUCCACAGAGAUAUUAAAGGUGCAAACAUACUCGUGGAUCCAAAUGGUCGUGUUAAAUUGGCUGAUUUUGGGAUGGCAAAGCAUAUCACUGGACAAUCGUGUCCACUAUCAUUCAAGGGAAGCCCUUACUGGAUGGCUCCUGAGGUUAUAAAGAACUCGAAUGGUUGCAAUCUUGCUGUGGAUAUAUGGAGUCUUGGAUGUACUGUUUUGGAAAUGGCUACAACAAAACCACCUUGGAGCCAGUUUGAAGGGGUUGCUGCUAUGUUUAAGAUUGGAAAUAGUAAGGAUCUCCCAGCAAUUCCAGAUCACCUAUCAGAGGAAGGAAAAGAUUUUGUGAGACAAUGCUUGCAACGCAAUCCACUACAUCGUCCUUCAGCUGCCCAGCUUUUGGAACAUCCUUUCGUAAAAUCUCCUGCUCCUCUGGAAAGGCCUAUUGCAAGUCCUGAGCCUACAGACCAACCCCCUACAGUAACAAAUGGGGUAAAAGCUCUGGGCAUUAGUCAAGUGAGAAAUUUUACCUCCUUGGAUUCAGAGAGGCUUGCAAUUCAUUCAUCCAGAGUUUUGAAAACUAAUCACCAUGCCAGUGAUAUCCAUAUUCCAAGGAACAUCUCAUGUCCUGUUUCACCCGUUGGAAGCCCUCUUUUGCAUUCAAGGUCACCACAGAGAAUGUCUCCUUCACCUAUAUCUAGCCCACGGACCACUUCAGGCUCAUCCACCCCUCUUACAGGUGGCAGCGGUGCUAUUCCGUUUAAUCAUUUGAAACAGUCAGUUUAUUUGCAGGAGGGCUUUGGAAGCUUGCCAAAGCCCUCAAAUAAUAUCUACAUCAAUGGUCUCCCUUAUCAUGAUUCCAAUCCGGACAUGUUUCGGGGAAUGCAGCCUGGCUCUCACAUUUUCGCAGACCUGGUUCCAAGUGAAAAUGAUGUCCUAGGAAAGCAACUGUAUGAUGGACAGUCAGUCUUGGCUGAUCGUGUAUCUCGGCAGCUCUUAAGGGAUCAUGUAAAGAUGAACCCGUCCCUGGAUCUAAGUCCCCAUUCUCCUUUGCCCACUCGGACCAGUGGUAUCUAACUUCAUACAUUUUUUGUGGACCAACCAAUCAAAGCGAGUUUUCAAGUUUGCUGAACUGUCUUUUUGUUUCUACACGGUUAAUGUAUUCCUCCAAUUAACAGCUGAGGGGACUAAUGAUUUCAAUAAGCACGUAGGGAGAACUUUGGAAUAAGGUUGAGGCCCUACCAGGUGGAGCUGGAGGUGGAUGGAUCACAGUGGCACAGCAUUUAAGCUUGUGCAGUCCGGUCCAUAAAUGAUCAGCAUGCUAUAAGCUAUUUUUAGUAUCUGAUUCCGGUGCUGGAUGUUUUGCUGCACCAGUAAAUGGAAUUCAGCUCCUGCAAAUAAGAGACUAGCUCUUGCAGCUCAAUUUGUAAAAAGGUUAACUGCUCGAAUGGCUUCUGGUUUGACUGAAAUCAAGAGAGAUAUUUUUCACCUCUGAUUUGACUGAAAUCAAGAGAGAUAUUUUUCACCAGGGAGGUGUGGCUUCUGCUGGUUCAUCGUGUGGCAGUUCCUUCAGGAUGGAUAAUAUUCGAGGCGAUGAGAACUGUACAUUCUUUUAGAUCAUGGUAUAGAAGAAAACAAGGAUUCGAGUCCGUACAAUUAUUAGCUUUUGGACUACCAUUUUAGGGUCUGAGACUGCUGUAGUAAUGUGGAGAAUAGAAUUGAGGCUAGCAAUUUGUUCGUGAAAGCAAUCUUGGGUUUGCUGAGCCUGUGCAUAUUUGAAAACCUACAGUGGUUUUGCUGGCUCAGAUUGACUGUGCUUGUAUACUCUCUUCAAUCUGAUUUGCCUUUAUGUAAAUUACACUUCAGUUGAUUGAAAAAUGAAAAUCUAAUUCCAUGAUUCGAUAA